GUUCAGUGCUGCCUGCGGCUGGCAGUCGGGACGCGGAGACCCUGACCCCGCAGCCGCGCCAGCACGGCUUCCUUCGGGACCGGGCCUGCGAAGGGACGUGCCUCCUCUUUUUCCUUCUUUCUCCCACCGAGUCCUUCUGAAAUGACGGUUCUGGGCGCAGUGGCCGCCCCGCGGGUCCUGGUCGCCCUGGUAGCGGCGGCUCUUAGCAGCCACCCUCUGCUGGGAGUGAGCGCCACCUUGAACUCGGUGCUGGUCAAUUCCAACGCCAUCAAGAACCUGCCCCCGCCGCUGGGCGGCGCUAACGGGCACCCGGGCUCUGCAGUCAGCGCCACGCCCGGGAUUCUGUACGAGGGCGGGAACAAGUACUUGCCCCUUGACAACUAUCAGCCGUACCCGUGCACAGAGGACGAGGAGUGUGGCACGGAUGAGUACUGCGCGAGUCCCGCCCGCGGAGGGGGCGCCGGCGUGCAAAUCUGUCUGGCUUGCAGGAAGCGUCGAAAACGCUGCAUGCGUCACGCGAUGUGCUGCCCCGGGAAUUACUGCAAAAACGGAAUAUGCAUGCCUUCUGAUCACAAUCAUUUUCAUCGAGGGGAAAUCGAGGAAACCAUCGUCGAAAGCUUCGGGAACGACCACAGCACCUCGGAUGGGUAUUCCCGCAGAACCACCCUGUCUUCGAAAAUGUAUCACGCCAAAGGGCAGGAAGGUUCCGUCUGCCUUCGCUCAUCAGACUGCGCCACGGGGCUGUGUUGCGCCAGGCACUUCUGGUCCAAGAUCUGUAAGCCCGUCCUCAAGGAAGGUCAAGUGUGCACCAAGCACAGGAGGAAGGGCUCGCAUGGGCUGGAGAUUUUCCAGCGCUGUUACUGUGGAGACGGGCUGUCUUGUCGGCUGCAGAACGAUCAACAUGAAGCCAGUAACUCUUCCCGGCUUCACACCUGUCAGAGACACUAGACCAGUCGUGGACAUGCGGUGGACUCCUAUAAUAUAUACUAGGGAAACCUCUUAUGACUUUUCUCAGCUCAGUCCUAAGGAUGUACAAAUUCAAUGAUUACCAUUAAGCAUUCCAAUAAUACCUUCCGAAAAUCUGGAGUGUAAGAGCUUUGUUUCUUGAUGGAACUCCCCUGUGAUUGCAGUAAAUUACUGUGUUGUAAAUUCUCAGUGUGGCACUUAGCUGUAAAUGAAAUGAAACUUCUUAAUUAUUUUUCUAAAAGUGCUACAUUGUCUAUUGUUUCUCUUGUUAUGUAAAUGUUUGUAUACAUUGUUACCUUGACUCUGAUAAAUAUUCUAUAUUGAAUUGAAAUAAAUAAUUUCAGUUUAUGGUUCCAGUUCUU